CGGGCGUGACCCGCGAGCGUAACAAAUUGCUAACGCGACGUGCGAAACAAAACGUUUCGCGUGCUGUUUGACUCGAGUGAUUUCCGUUUAUUAUUUAUGAGAGACGCGUGUAGCACGCGUAUAUUUUCGCGCUCGUUUCACACAACCUUGAGAUGUUCACAGGAGGCUUAACAAAAUUAAGUAUGUGUGUUAAUGACAAUGAGGGAAAUAUCAUAGAGCAGACUUGAUAUCAGCGUUCGAAUGUUAACUUCGGGAUUUUCUUUUCAACAGGAUUUCACUGCAACCUUUUUCUUCCGUCAGUACUGGAGAGAUCACCGCCUAGCAUUCGGAAAACAUCUUCAAGCAGCUUCCAUUAAACCUGGAGCUCCCUUUGUCGAUCAAAUAUGGCUGCCGGAUACCUUCUUUGAAUCAGACAUGACUGAUCAUAAAACUCGACAUGACUUCCUGCUGGAGAUUACUGCAGAGGGAAACAUCACUUAUAGCAUAAGAUUGAUUUUUCCAGGAAACUUUUCUGCUCUGGCAGUUUCUCUUAGAUUAAAACGCCAUAUUGGUUAUUACAUCAUCCAAGACUUUAUUCCCACUGCACUGAUUGUCAUGCUCAGUUGGGUCGGCUUCUGGAUCAAUGAACACAGCAUACCCGCCCGAGUCUCCCUCGGUAUCACCACGGUGCUCGCCAUAACAACACUUCUCUUUGGUGUCCAGGCCUCUCUCCCUAAAGUCGGUUACAUCAAGGCCAUCGAUUUUUACCUACUGGGAAGCUUUCUCUUUGUUUUUGGUGCGUUGGUAGAGUUUGCGGUCAUCUGUACCGUGACAAAUUUAAGGGAAGAGAAAUCACGCGUUGCUUCAGAGAGGAAUGAGGAUUCCCCGCGUGAUCCAUCCACGAUCCUCGCGAGUGGCUUCAACAGCCCGUCAAUGGGUUUCAAAGAGCCCAAGGUAACUUUCAAGAAGAUUCUGAUCUUCAAUCACCUCAUUACUUUUUUUUAACGCUCUGUUUACUAUGUGGUUCUUUUUACC